AUGAGCCGCUACCCGAUGUACGGGGUGCAGGACGAGUCGGUGUGGACGAGGGGCCACUCUACAGGACCGCAAGUUUCCAGCUCGCCAUUCGUCCAGCAAGCGUCGUAUGCCGGCGGAAAUCAACCAUUUCAAACAACAGUAGUCCACUCCACGCAUAAACCCACGAAUGAUGCGGAUUUGUAUAGAGUGGGCAUCUACGGCUGGCGAAAGCGAUGUCUCUACGUGUUCAUCGUCGUACUGGCUAUUUUAAUUCUCGUCAAUCUGUGCUUGACGCUUUGGAUUAUGUCGGUGUUGGAUUUCUCGAGGGACGGCAUGGGCGCGCUCCGGAUAGAAAACGAUGGAAUUCGAGUGAAGGGCCGGGCACAGUUCGACAGACCCAUUCACUUAUCACACCUAUCGACGGCUAGAGAUGAAGCCCUCCUGAUCGAUUCUCCGAAAGCUGUGACGCUACAAGCCCGAAAUAUGACUGGGCAUCCGGCUAGUAUCUUCGCUUUGGGACCCGAUGGAAAGGUCACUGCCACCUGUGAACGCUUCGAAAUCUACGACAACAACAACAAGCAGCUCUUCUUUGCGGAUAAGGACGAGAUCGGCCUAAAAUUGGAGAAUCUGAGGAUUUUGGACGACGGCGGCAGCGUGUUUGAGGGCGCCAUCCAGACGGCAUUCAUCCGCCCCGAAACGGACACCCCGCUACGGCUGGAGUCCCCGACACGUACCGUACUCGUCGAAGCCGGACAAGACAUCGAAAUGCUCUCGUCGGCCGGAGAAAUCCACCUUCAAAGCCUCCUCGACGUGAACAUCGUCAGCAAGCAGGGUGAGAUCCGGCUCGACUCGUCGAAUAUCUACAUGAACGGGAUGAUCAAAUCGUCGGGCCGUGGAAAUCCGCAUAAUCAGCUAUGCGUGUGCACUAAUGGCCGUCUCUUCAUGGCCGCCCAGGGAGCCGACUGCCGAGCGGAUCGAAAUAUUUGCGAA